GUCAACACAGAGACACACCGUUGAGUGUAAUCAAUAACAUCGAAAAUGAAGAAGGCUGCAGCCAUAUUGUUGGUGCUGCUCUUUGCCACUGUUGCUAAUUCAUCUCAAAAGGAUGGAUUAUUGUCAAACGGCAACUUCGAGCUAGGUCCAAAACCAUCGCAAAUGAAAGGCACAAAAGUAGUAGACCGUCACGCAAUUCCCAACUGGGAAAUCUCAGGCUACGUCGAAUACAUAAAAUCAGGGCAAACACAAGGCGACAUGCUACUUCCAGUGCCGCAAGGAGAUUACGCAGUUAGGCUGGGUGAAGACGCAUCUAUUAAGACCAAAGUGAAAGUUACAAAAGGGAUUUUCUAUUCAAUUUCAUUUGUGUUUGCUAGAACUUGUGCGCAAGAAGAGAAAUUGAAUGUUUCCGUUUCCCCUAAUUCUGAGCCGAAUGAUUGGGGAAUGCUGCCAUUGCAGACAAUGUACAGUUCCGAAGGAUGGGAUUCGUAUUCAUGGGGAUUUUUGGCCGAAGCAGAUGAAAUUGAUAUUGUGAUUCAUAAUCCAGCUGUAGAGAAGGACCCGGCUUGUGGCCCGCUUAUUGAUUUCGUCGCUCUUAAGGCUUUGAAAACACCCAAAAGACCUAGAGGCAACAUGAUGAAAAAUGGUAACUUUGAAGAGGGUCCAUACAUUUUCCCAAAUACAACAUGGGGUGUUCUAAUUCCUCCCAACAUUGAAGAUGAUCAUUCUCCAUUACUAGGAUGGAUGAUUGAAUCUCUCAAAGCUGUAAAAUACAUCGAUUCUGAACACUUCCACGUGCCCCAGGGCAAACGAGCCGUCGAGCUCGUGGCCGGAAGAGAGAGUGCCAUAGCACAAGUUGUGAGGACAAGACCAGGAAAAAUAUAUGAUUUACUUUUCUCAAUUGGUGAUGCUAGCAACUCUUGUGAAGGAUCAAUGCUUGUUGAGGCAUUUGCUGGAAAAAUUACAAUGCAAUUUCCUUAUGAAUCUAAAGGUAAAGGUGGAUUCAAAAGGGCUAGGCUUAGAUUCACCGCAAUUUCACCACGCACAAGAGUGAGGUUUUUGAGCACGUAUUAUCAUAUGAAGAGUGAUAAUUCGGGUUCCUUGUGUGGUCCUGUGGUCGAUGAUGUGAGAUUGGUAGGAGUUCGCAAUCCCCACCUUCCAUAGGUCUUUUUAUUGAUUGAGUUUAAGUUUUAUGCAUGACGAAACACCGUGACGUUAUUAGUUCAUUGGAAUGCGUGUUAUAGUUGAUGUGUUGUUGCUUUUUUUAUUUCAUGUCAUAGAAUUAAGAGAGUUAAAAUGAUGUACUUUUACAUUAUAUAUUGUUGUAUUUUACAUGUAUUUAUACAAAAUUUUCGAAUAAUCAAAUGAAAGAACCUUUCUUGGUUCAACAUA